AUAGUGUUUAUAACUUCGUGAUGAGUUCAUAAAAACGAUAAAAACUUUAAGUUCUUUUUGUAUUAUUUAAAAGAAAGAAAUGUUUAUUAUAUAUGUAAUGAAAUUUAGUAAGAAAGUGUAAUGUUCAUUUGUGAUUCUUUAUUAUUUUAACAAUGAGUAACGAAAAAAAGUGUUUACUGUGCAACACAGAAAAUGUUAAAUACGAACCUGAAUUUUUAGAAAAGAGGACUCAUUUUUCCGCACCAAAGCUUCGAGAGUUGAGGAUAAAAUGGAACGAGGCGAUUGCUAAAAUACAUCCGAUUUUAAAGCUUUAUGUGAACAAUGUGAAUACGUACCAAGUUUGCGAUUUGCAUUUCCGAGAAUCGGAUAUUAAGAAAAGCUUUGAGACGAAUGGGAAUAUUUUCAGACUGCCAGUUUCAAAAUGGGGUCUCAAAAUCGAGGCUCUCCCUUUAAGUCACGAAGAAUUAGGGCGCGAAAAACAUCAGAAAACGAAUACAAAUUUGCCUGUGGCAAGAGUAAAUAUAAAUAGAGAAGAACCGAAAGAAGAUAUGUGGAAAAAUGAAAAUAAGGAAGAUAAUCCAGAAGAAAUUGAAUUUGAAAUAUCUUCAGUUAAACUGGAAGAAAUUUCUCAAGAAAGUAUUCAAACGGAUGAAUCUCAAGAAGAUGAACUAGAAAACGAUAAAAUGGAAGAGACUGAGAAGAUUCCAGUAAUUCAGAAAAGUCAAGAAACUGAGAAAAACCAAGAACCCGAGAUUAAUUUACCAUCAAAAGAAAUUCAACCCGAAAAGGAUAAAAUACCAGAAAAAGAAAAAAGUAUUCUGGUAAAGAACAGACCAAUUCGACCCGAUUUUCGCAAGAAGGUUGAAAUCAAAUUUUCGCCCUAUCCUAUUCUGCAAUCAUUCCAACAAGGAGUACAAACUAAAGCCCCUCAGAUGAUUCAGAUAAAGUCUGGAAGGAACAAAGUUUUUGUUGUUCCUGCAGGUGCCCAAGUCAUUCCUUUUUCUCCAUCGUCUUCUAUCUCUUCCAUUUCUCCUUCAGUUACGCCCCUUUCAAUGACAAAUAAAAGUUCUCCUGCGAUGAGAGUUCCGAUAAUAACUCAUGUCACGUCUCUUCAAAGUGGUUCUCCAGUUACGAAAUUUAUUCCCGUCACCACAGUUUGUUCGAAACCUAUAAUUCCACAUCCCAUUAUUCCUGUUACGAAAGUCCCUUGUGGUUCGCAAGUUCCACUAGUUAGGACAAUCCCUCUAGUUACAAAAGUAAAUUCUGGCAACUCGGUUGCUAAAAUCACUCCAGCGCCUGGAAUCAGAAAAGAGACUACCGUUUCGACGGCUCCUAUAGUAACUCCUGGUAAUUCGGUUGGUCAAAUAGCUGCAGUUUCUGGAGUCACUGAAGGGACUUCACUAAGUGAGUGUUUACAAGUGCCUGCAAUUUCUGGGAUGACAAACGUUACUCCUACUGGAAAAGCUAUGUUAUCUCCUUCAUCCAAAACUGUUCAAAAAGUUAUAUCUCCAUCUUUACCUCCUAGAAUGGAGACGGAAAAUUAUGACAAGGAUCAAUUAUUGUGUGAUUUGAAACGAAAUCCUCUUCCAAUUGGCUGGGCUUAUACAUUCACGAGUGAAGACAAGAUUUUGUUCACUCAGUAUUGCACUAACAGGAGGUUUCCAAUAUUUCUUCGCGUGGAAAGUGACAUGACGGCAAUGAUUUCCGUUGGACAUCUAGCGACGAAUUAUAUUCCUUAUCCUCUCAAAUUAGCAUGCUACAUAAACGUUAUGAACGGCCUUCGCAAAUUAGAAAAUGACAAAUGGUGCAUAGGAAUUGGAUUUAGCAACAAUAAUCACUCCGAUUUAUGUUCAGUUCUCGCAGGAAGAAUGAAUUCACGAUGUAAAGCUUGUGCCACAAUAAGAAAGAAUGAGCAAAGGAAUGAGAACGAAGAAAUCCAGCGACGCCAACGAAAGAAACCUUCCAAAAAUCUAAAAAAUCUUAUCGCAAACUUGAAACGAAUAAACGAGCGUCUAGAGGGAAAGGUUUGUAAAAUGAAACUCAUGGUGGCUCAUUUGAAAAAUAAGCAAUGCGUUGAUUGCCUUCAUGACAAAUUUCUGAAAAAGACUCUGGCUCAAACAGAUUCUUCAUCGAAUACGGCCUCGAAAAGUGAUUAGGUUCCUGUUCCUUAUUGUAUACAUGAAUUAGGUUAAGCUUGUUUUUAUUUUAUAAUUAAAAUAUGUUUAUAUAAAAGAA